CAGAGCUCUGCUCGCUGCCGAAGGCGGUGGGACCGUGCCGGGCCUCGAUGCUGCGCUGGUGGUUCAACGUCACCGGCGGCUCGUGCCAAAGCUUCGUCUUCGGCGGCUGCGAGGGGAACGCCAACAACUUCCCGACGGAGCGGGAAUGUCAGGAGAGCUGCGUCCUCGGAACGGCUUCAAAGAAACACGAGCAUCGCGCCCAGCAGACCGACUCCACCUACGACGAACACUGCGCCGUCCCCCGAGUCACCGGCCCGUGCCGCGCCUCCUUCCUGCGCUGGUACUACAGCCCGGCAAACCGAACCUGCCGGCAAUUUAUCUACGGCGGCUGGCGGGAAAAUACCGGUGGCGCCGGCGCCGACAUCGGCGGCGAUUUCAUCUCUACCAAAGCGCUGGCACUGGGGGUUCUCCUGGCCGUCCUGGCGGCCAUUUUGUUGGGUUACGUCACCGACGUCGCCCUUAAGACGUGCCGGAGAAAAGCGGAGCUGCCGGGAGCGGGAACGGGAUGGAGCCCCGGGGACGACAAGGAGUAUCUGAUGAGCAACGCCUACACCCUCUGA